AUGAGUUUGAGCACUGACAAUGUCACAAACUUGUGGAAAAAUGGUUCCUCGGAACUCGACUGGGACUCUCUGCAGAUCAACUUCACCAACAGCUCUGGGAGGAACCGCACGGAGUUGGUCCUGACCCGGGCCAUCCCGCUCGGGUUGGUGCUGGGGGCUUUCAUCGUGUUUGCCAUCGCGGGCAAUAUCCUCGUCAUCCUCUCCGUGGUGUGCAACAGACACCUGCGGACCCCCACCAACUACUUCAUCAUCAACCUGGCCAUCGCCGACCUGUUACUGGGCACCACGGUGCUGCCGGUGUCCGCCACCCUGGAGAUCCUAGACCGCUGGGUGUUCGGCAGGAUCUUCUGUGACAUCUGGGCUGCGCUGGAUGUGCUGUGCUGCACCGCGUCCAUCAUGAGCUUGUGCGUAAUCUCCAUCGACCGUUACAUCGGGGUGAGCCACCCGCUGCAGUACCCGGGCAUCGUGACGGAGAAGCGCGCUCUGCUGGCCAUGCUCGGGGUGUGGGUGCUGUCUGUGGUCAUCUCCAUCGGACCUCUGCUCGGAUGGAAGCAGCCGCCAUCCCCAGACGACACGGUGUGCCUCAUCACGGAGGAGCCGUUUUACGCGCUCUUCUCCUCCCUCGGCUCCUUCUACAUCCCGCUCGCCGUCAUCCUGGCCAUGUACUGCCGCGUGUACGUCGUCGCCAAGAGGACCACUAAGAAUCUGGAGGCAGGUGUGAUGCGCGAGAGGAUGAACACCAGCGAGCUGACCCUCAGGAUCCACAAGGGGUCCCAGGUGCACGAGGACCCCAGCGGUCCAGGCGCCGGUAAAGGCCGCGCGCACCAGGCGAGGAGCUCCCUCACUGUGAAACUUCUGAAGUUCUCCCGGGAGAAGAAGGCCGCGAAAACUCUGGGAGUUGUGGUGGGAAUGUUUAUCCUCUGCUGGCUGCCCUUCUUCCUGGCCUUACCCAUAGGAUCUUUCAAUGUGAACCUACGGCCUCCAGAUCUCCUGUUCAAAGUAAUCUUCUGGCUGGGAUACUUCAACAGCUGCCUGAACCCCAUCAUUUACCCCUGCUACAGCCGUGAGUUCAAGCUGGCCUUCAUCCGGAUCCUGAGGUGCCAAUGUCAUCAGCAAAAGCGUCCCGGCUGGAGAGCCUACAACUACCGCUCCUCAACCUUCAGCUCCUCUGGAAACUCACGCAAAGGCUCCACAGACCACAACGCCAGCUGGCUGAACGGCAGCCAGCGCACUCUGCCAUCCUCGGCCAGUCCGAGCCCCAGCUACCUGAGCAAGGGCCUCCCUCCUUGUCCUGAGGGGGAGACGUUAUACAUUUGGGGAGCAACCACUCCAAGUCCAACUACACCCAACCUGCUGCCUGGCAGCCCCGCAGACUGCCAGCAGGGGGUGCUGAGAGUGGAGGUAAGAGAAAGAAAAACGCCAGAGGAGACAUCUGGAGGUGUUUUCUCAUUUUCUUUUGGGAACAUCAAAGACAUGGGAGGGCUGAACAAGGACAGAAUCAGUCCUGAUGACAAAGUGUGAUUGAUUCCUCUGAGGGAUCUAGUCACAGCACGGAUGUAGAACUACACAGGUUCCUCUGUACGAUUUGUGGUCAUCCAUCUGUCGGUGGAGCGUCGUCAGUGAUCAAUGUGAAGAUAACCGAGUAUUGUUUAUGCUGCUGUUUCACAGGUAUUUUCACCACAUUUCUGUAUCUGUGGCUGACGAGGACUAAACAUGUCUUCCCGUGUAGAACAGCUGAUGGAGUCUGAACCCGAAAGUUCCUCCUCUCGAUUUAAGUCCUCACCUUCUCUGUAAAACAAGUAAAAAAACUUGACUGUAAAAAAGUGUGAAAAGAUAAAGGAUCACUUUUCUGCUGCGGCCACUUGAUAUCUUAUAUUGUGAAAAUAAAGUAUAAUCUGUUUCUGUUGUGCGCACAAUCAUCAGAUGUGUUGUUGGUAUGUUUGUAGAAAUGUUAUAAAUAAAUAAAAUCUAAAUUUUCCUCAUAA